CUGAGCGCUCAGGGAGCUGACGGAGAGGGCCGCCGCCCAACAGUAGACGCUGUCUCUGCCGGCCCAGCCGCCGUCUCCCCGGUGUGUGAGUGAGCCCGGGCCUGGUCCCCUCUCCCUCCGCCGCCAUGGGCUGCACUUUGAGCGCCGAAGACAAGGCGGCGGUGGAGCGAAGCAAGAUGAUCGACCGCAACUUGCGGGAGGACGGGGAGAAAGCGGCCAAAGAAGUGAAGCUGCUGCUACUCGGUGCUGGAGAAUCUGGUAAAAGCACCAUUGUGAAACAGAUGAAAAUCAUUCAUGAGGAUGGCUAUUCAGAGGAAGAAUGUAAACAAUAUAAAGUAGUUGUCUACAGCAAUACUAUACAGUCCAUCAUUGCAAUCAUAAGAGCCAUGGGACGGCUAAAGAUUGACUUUGGGGAAGCUGCCAGAGCAGACGAUGCCCGGCAAUUAUUUGUUUUAGCUGGCAGUGCGGAAGAAGGAGUCAUGACUCCAGAAUUAGCAGGAGUGAUUAAACGGUUAUGGCGAGACGGUGGGGUGCAGGCUUGCUUCAGCAGAUCCAGGGAAUAUCAGCUCAAUGAUUCUGCUUCAUAUUACCUAAAUGAUUUGGAUAGAAUAUCCCAAACCAACUACAUUCCAACUCAGCAAGAUGUUUUGCGGACAAGAGUGAAGACCACAGGCAUUGUGGAAACACAUUUCACUUUCAAAGACCUGUACUUCAAGAUGUUUGAUGUAGGUGGCCAAAGAUCAGAACGAAAAAAGUGGAUUCACUGUUUUGAGGGAGUGACAGCAAUUAUCUUCUGCGUGGCCCUCAGUGAUUAUGACCUCGUUCUGGCUGAGGAUGAGGAGAUGAACCGAAUGCAUGAAAGCAUGAAACUGUUUGACAGCAUUUGUAACAACAAAUGGUUUACAGACACUUCGAUCAUUCUGUUCCUCAACAAGAAAGAUCUUUUUGAGGAAAAAAUAAAGAGGAGUCCAUUAACUAUCUGUUAUCCAGAAUACACAGGUUCCAAUACAUAUGAAGAAGCAGCUGCUUACAUUCAGUGCCAGUUUGAAGAUCUGAACAGAAGAAAAGAUACCAAGGAGAUCUACACCCACUUCACCUGUGCCACGGACACCAAGAAUGUGCAGUUUGUUUUUGAUGCUGUUACAGAUGUCAUCAUUAAAAACAACUUAAAGGAAUGUGGACUUUAUUGAAGAGUGUGGAUGUUAAAUAAAAGUUAUUACAGUGUGGAGUGUUGAGACCAGACUUCUUUUGCUGUCUCAUUGGGCAGCUGCAAGCAUGAACGGGACCAGGGAAUGGCAGCGGCAUGCAGAAUCUUAGUACUCUUUAGCACAAUCUUCUGUAUUAGGGAACUCUUAAUUGACAUGAGAUGCUAAAGUCAGACAUUGGAAUUGGAACAACUGUAAAGUAUGAUUUGAUCAUCAAGACAUCACUUGGAUUUCACAAUCUCAAAUGUUUAGGGCAGAUGUGAAGUUGAGGUGCUGCAUUCCAGAACUUCAAUAUGUAGCUUACUCUUUUUUUUUUCCUUCUUGACAAACCACCAGUAGUUCAUUUUUUAAGUUGUUUUUUGUUGUUGUUGUUUUUUUUAAUCAAGGGAAGAAUAACUUCACUAAAUUUUAUUUCUUUGUGAAAGAAUCUUUAUUAAAACACAGUCUUAACUAUGCACAUGAUGUGACCAGAUCAUCUUGAAAAUUUUCCUCUUAGUAGGAACUCUUUGUUUUUAACUCUUGGUAUGGUCAGAAUAUAAUAUUUCCAUAAUUA